CCAUCAGCCUGACACAUCGGAAAAGGUUGGUCGCAAGGAAUAAGGCGGAGCAUUUCCCCCCGGUUGACCAUGGGCCUCCGUGACUGCAACCACUGCGACUACUUCCACAGUGGGAAACGACGACCUCCAGAGGAUAACACCGCCAUUGGAUCUGUAAAAGCGCUGGCCGCAAGUGACCGACUUCAGCUUCUCGCACGGCUAAUGCCUGCACGCGGCUGGCCACAGGUGGGUCUCAGUCAUCCCAGUCACCCAAUGGCCCGCGCGAGGCUUCGUGUCCGGCCGUCGGAGAGCCGAGCGAGAAGGUCUGCUCUAUUCCUGUCACCGAUGGGCGCCACUCUGUUCCUCUCGGACUGGCACGUUCGGUGGGUUAAAGUCCACGAAUAUUUUGGCUGUGUCUUAUAAAAGGGCGGCGAAACGACUUCCCCUUCUUUGCUGUUAUUCUUCUCGGCCUUCUCUCCGCGCCCUUUGAAUCUGGAUCAAAGAACCCUACCCAUCUCCGGAUCCCGUCCGGAAAUCAAGAAGGCCCCUCGACUGUGUGAUUCUGGUUGUAUCCGAAGGUGGUAAUAUUUAUCGCGUUUGCUCGAUUGCAUUGGAUCUGGUCUCAGGCUCCUUGAUCCGUGGAGAAAUGCGAUCGAAGCCGAGCUAGGUUUGCUGCUGCUGCUGCUAUUGGCCGUGUAGCAGCCAAGUAUUGCUUACAAAAGGUCCUCUUUUGAGAUGAUAAAGAACGGGAUGGUAGAAUGCAGCGUCUGCCACUCCAAAUUUGUCUCACCAAGCCCCAGAUCUGUAUCAAGGGCAUAUGAUAAGCAUAGGAACCAAGUAUCAUCAAAAUAUCGUGCUCUCAACUUCCUCCUUGUCAUGGGCGAUUGUAUCUUGGUUGGUCUCCAGCCUAUACUAGUCUAUAUGUCCAAGGUGGAUGGGAAGUUCAAGUUUAGCCCCAUCAGUGUAAAUUUUUUGACAGAGGUUGCUAAAGUACUCUUUGCCAUCAUUAUGUUAUUAUUCCAGGCUAGAAGGCAGAAAGUUGGAGAAAAACCCCUUCUGUCAAUUUCCACAUUUGUACAGGCAGCUCGGAAUAAUGUGCUUCUAGCUGUUCCUGCUCUUCUAUAUGCAAUUAACAACUACCUAAAGUUUAUCAUGCAGUUAUACUUUAAUCCUGCAACUGUGAAAAUGUUGAGCAACCUGAAGGUUUUGGUGAUUGCUGUCCUUUUAAAGAUCGUAAUGCGAAGACGAUAUUCCAUAAUUCAAUGGGAGGCUCUUGCACUUUUGCUAAUCGGGAUAAGCAUUAAUCAGCUUCGAUCACUGCCUGAGGGUUCCACUGCAUUGGGUCUUCCUAUUACAAUGAUUGCUUAUGUCUAUACAUUAGUUUUUGUUACUGUUCCAUCAAUGGCUUCUGUUUACAAUGAAUAUGCUUUAAAAAGUCAAUUUGAGACAAGUAUCUACCUUCAGAACUUAUUUUUAUAUGGUUAUGGAGCAAUAUUCAACUUUUUGGGCAUUGUUGGGACUGCCAUUUUCAAAGGACCUGGUAGCUUCAAUAUUCUUGAAGGGCAUUCAAAAGCUACAAUGUUUCUGAUUUGCAACAAUGCAGCACAGGGCAUACUUUCAUCGUUCUUUUUCAAAUAUGCUGACACAAUCUUGAAAAAAUAUUCAUCCACCGUUGCUACAAUUUUUACUGGCAUCGCGUCUGCUGCUUUAUUUGGUCAUACAUUGACCGUGAACUUUAUCUUGGGGAUCUCCAUAGUCUUUAUAUCUAUGCACCAGUUUUUCUCCCCCAUGGCCAAAGUCAAAGAUGAGACACAAGUUGGAAAAUUAGAAAUGAUAGAAGCUCAACAUCCAAGGUCGAAGGAUGCUUCUUUCAUAAACAUGGCUGCUGGUGCUGCUGAAGAUGUAAAUCAUCGCACUGGACAUGAUGAGAGACAAUCACUUUUGCCUAUCUGAUGUUAUAUUUUAAGCCUUUGAGCAGCAACUUGGAGGGAGGAACCCCUAUAGAGUUCCAAGGAGGCCGAUCCCCUAAAGAGAUCAACCCCAAGUUUAGAAUCUGCAAGGGUUCUAACACAAUCUUUCCAUGGACUCCUAGAAAUUUUUAUUAUUUUUUCAUUCUUCUUGGAUCAUUUUUUUAAUUAUAUCAUAUUGACAUUUACAUGAUUACUGGUCUUUAGGUUUCUAAGCAUGUCAUAUGUGUGAUCAGUAAGAUGAAGAUGCAUAUUAUUGAGAUAAUCAAAUUAUUUUGAUAAAUUUAUGUUCCAUUCAUGCAAAUUAUUCAUCUUAUCUUAAAAGAAAGAUUGUACAAGUUCAUACUCUGAACAAAUAUUCAUGUAGGAACAUAUGUGUAGCAUAUAUAUUGUAUCACUUGGGAUUUCAAUAUAUAUCUUGUACUUGUAAAGGCUGGUUGAUUUGACAAAUGACUAUAUUUCUUCACAUGCUUUUAGAAUCGCACUUCAAGAGUUAGGGUAUGCUUAAAUGCUAAUUUUCCAAGAAUGCUAAUAGUAUGAAGCUUCGGUUAUGUGUUGGCUAACUCGAAAAGUGACAAGAUUACAUCAUCCUACCGCCUAGGCUUUAAUCCAAAUCCAUUGCUUGGAUUACUUAGGCUAUUUGAUGACUAACAUGGAAACAAUGAAAGGAGGAAGAAAUCAGAGGUCUUAACAUUUUCACAAUAAACGGAAUGAGUUUGCUAGCCCGAAAUGGAUGGAAAGCUUUUUUGCAACAAACUCUUAGUUUAUGUGCAUGGCUAAGGACCUCAGUUUACAUGGCAGUCUUUAGAAGUAUCACUGUCAGGGAGCAUAUACAUCUUGUUACUUGAGUAUUCUCCUAACCAUACUGUAUACAGAAGCAUCGUUUAUUCAUGACUAUCUGGAUUGAAAAUAUCACACUAGUAAUAUAUAAUAUGAUGGCUAUAUGAAACUACACUUCUUUGCAUUUAGGCGGAGAAUACCUUCAUUGGUGAGACAUGUAAAGCACCUUAUAGCUAAGCCAUUUAUAUUUUUGCAACCGUCUUUAGUACCUAGAUUAAAUUCAGAACUGAUCAUGAUUGUAGCAUUUUUAUUUGGCAAUGGAUUACUACCGCAGGUAUACUGUGGAGGGGUUCUUUUUAUUGACCUAGAAUGCAGCUGAGCCACCAACUGGAGGCAAUAAUCAUUAGCAAAGUAUAAAACAGAGAAGGAAAUAUAGUCUUUAUUUUGGCAUGCCACGGAUAAGCUUGUUUCUUCACACUCGGCUUCAUCUGCGAGAGAAAGAACAAAGGUAGCCACCAUAGUCUAGAAGUGUAGGGAUAAAAUGAAUAAAAAAUGAACAGGUGGAUCCUUUUUAACAUUCAAGAACUAGAUUUUCCUAACAAAGGUUUUCUCUCUCUCUCUCUCUCUCUCUCUCUCUCUCUCUCUCUCUCUCUCUCUCUCUCUCUUUGUAUUACAUUAUUCAGGCAUCCUCAUAUAUAUUGUCCUUUCAAAACUUGGAAAGCAUGUUUUCCUAUUCUUUCAAUUGAUUAAUUAUUCUUUUUGAUUCCAAUACCUAUGUUUGCUCAUUCACAUUUUUCUUUCAGUAAAGUCAUCCAUAGAAAUUAACAGUCUUAA